AUGGCCACACUCCUCGCUGACCAGCCGCUGCUGAGCUCCUUUGACACAUCCGCCUGCGGCUCCACAUCCGUCGUGCCCGACCCCUUCGUCUCCACCUCUGGCGCCGCACACGACCUCGCGCCGCGCGAGCUGGUGCCUUCGCGGCUCCUGCUCAUGACCCACUCGCGGCUGCUGUGGUUCGAUGUGGAGUCGCUCAGCACCUCGCUCCUUCUCGAAGAGCGCGACUCGCGCUUCCGUGGCGCCUUUGCCGCUGACCACGGCCGAUCUCUCGUCACCCUCGCCACGCCCGGCACCGGCCCGCCCUUCCGCGAGUCGCUCUUCAUUGAGGUAGCGCUGUCGACCGGCGACGUGCUGCGGCGGGUGCAAGCGGAGGCGACCUUCGACGGCCACGAAGCGGUGCGCUAUGGCGACCGCGUGUACGUGGUCUCGACGGGUAGCGGCGCGAUCAACGUGUACGACGUCGGCAGCCUCGCUCUCGUGCGCCGCCAUGCGCUGUGGCGCCGCAGAGACCACAUCAACACAGUGGCUCUCACGCCCUCGACCAUGCUUGUGCUGCUGCACGGGCUGCGCCGGGCUCCAUCCGAAGUCCAAAUCGUCGAGCGCAGCGGCCAUAUGUCUGCCGGCCGGCUCCCCGCCGUCGGAAACUCGUCCCACGGCCUCGCCUACUGGCGGGGGGAGCUCCUCACUCUCGAUUCGGACGGCGGGAUCGCUGUGCACGGUGGGGUCGCCUACUUUGGCCUCUCGCCGCCGCAGCGGCGGUUACUUCGGAAGCGAGUCAACUCGACCCUCGUGGCCCUGGAGCUGGCCUCGGGCGCCGAGCUGUGGCGCCGACCUCUGCCGACGCACGGGCUGCUCAACCUGAUCGCUCACCCGUCGUACUUGAGCGCGCUCGCGCCGCCGGGCACCAUUCCCCUCGCGGCAAAGGCCAUGCGCCGCGGCGCCGCCCCUCGCGCCAUGCCGGCCACCGAGCGCAUCGUCAGCCUCGGACCGGUGGACGUGACCGAGCUGCGCGCGCUGACGGCCGACCUGUGGGGCGGCUCGCACAGUUGGCUGCACCUCUUCCCCGGCCUGCCAAACUACGGAAAGACGCAGCGCUGGCGCGUGCUGUUCCCCGCGUGGCGCCGCUUCUCCGCCGCGCUCCUGCCCCUUCUGGACGAGCUGUUCGGGCGCCGGCUCGGCCUCGGCCCCGAGUACCGCAACCGCCUCCUGCGCGUGCAGAUGAACCGGAUGCCCCGCGGCGCAGACAUUGCGCGGCACCAGGACCGCGGCUUCUACGCGACGACGGCGCACAGGUACCACAUCCCAGUCCUCAUACCCAAGUGCAUCCGCUUCUCGCACGUUCGCCAGCGGGCCGAGGGGGAGGCGGGACAGGAGGCGUGGCAGGAGAUCCCCUUCAAGGAGGGAGAGGCGUUUGAGGUCAACAACCGCAUUCCGCACCGCGUGACGCAGACCGGCCCCUACGAACGGGUCACCCUCAUCGUCGACCUCCUAGACGGGCCGGUGGACGCAACGGUCGACAUAGAGCCGGGCUGUGCAUCCUGGUUCGAUGCUGCGUGCUACAAGGGAGGAACGGCAGCGUCGCGAAACGCCAGCUUGUGA